GCCAAGCUAAUUGGUCACCUUGCAGAGCAUUUAAGAUCUGAAAACGCUCCACUUGUUUGCCCUUUCCCUGGAUGUGUCUCGAAAUUACGAACAUCGCAGUCUCUGAGAAACCAUGUCUCGAGGUAUCAUCGCGCAAACAGGGUUGGUUUGCAAUUCCAUCGUGCAUCUGCAGCUACGGCAGGGCAUGAUAAUGAAGAAGUUUCAGGUCGGGACUUCGAAGAACUAGUUGAGGAUAUGAGCCAUGGAAGUGCAAGUGCUCAUAGCAGUGAGCUUACAGACAGUGAACUCUUAAAAAAAAAUGUUGCACUGUUUAUGCUGAAGUUGGAAACACAGUUUCAUAUCCCAGCGAAAACCGUGCUGUACAUUCAAAAGGAGAUUGCAAACCUUCAUUCCCUUAGCCAAGAGCGAGUUCUACAAGAGCUUUCUAAGUCCUUGCCUGAAGACACUAUGAAGAGUGUGCGGGCAGGUUUUAUGAAUGAUGAGUUAAAUUCCCUAACAUCAGGGGACAUGAGGUCAACACACAUGAGGCAUAAACACUUUAAGACACACUUUGAAUAUGUAAAGCCAGCUGAGAUAUCUCUUGGGAUCAACAGGCAAAACUCCUGCUCAGUAUUUCAUUAUGUGAACAUUGAAGGCUCACUCAGACAACUGAUGAAAGGUGGAACCAUGCACUUUCGUGCAAAUGCUACUGCUGGGUUUUUUACAGAUUUUACUACUUGCUCUGCAUUUCAAGACACGCAUCGAGACACACUGCAGAUAAUUUUAUAUCAGGAUGCUUUUGAGCUUGCCAACCCUUUGGGGUCAGCAAAAGGAAAUUUUAAACUGUUGGGGGUUUACAUGACAUUGGGCAACUUGCCACAGCAUUACAGAGGUGUUGUUGAGAGUAUGCAGUUAGUACUGCUUUGUCGAGAGAAAGAUCUGAAAGAGUUCGGUCAGAAGCGUGUGUUUCAGCCUUUAAUUAAUGAUUUAAGUCGCCUAGAGGGCUCUGGACUAGAGUUUGAAGGGAAAAUGUACAAGGUGAAGCUCAGUUUCAUUGCAGGAGAUAACUUGGGGAGCCACGCCAUCGGGGGCUUUACAGAAAAUUUUAGUAGCUCUAAAUAUUUUUGCAGGUUUUGCGAGGUCAGCCGUGCUGAAUUCGAAAAGGAUGCAGAAGUUAUUGCCCAAAAGCGUACUGUUGACUCUUACAAGGCAUGCCUUGCUUACCUCGAGCAAAAUCCUUGUGAACGUGAGAGACAUGGUGUAACAUGCGAUUCACCUUUCAACAUUCUGCAAGACUUUCAUGUUUGCAAAUCUGGCUUACCCCCAUGUGUUGGACAUGAUAUUCUUGAGGGGAUUGUGCGGUAUGACUUAGCAUUGUAUGUCAGGUACUUUGUGAAAACAAAGGGCUGGUUAACAUACGAAUACUUGAACAACAGGAUUGCUACUUUUAAGUACAAUGCAAAUGACCUGAAGAACAAACCAGCAAAACUAAACAGCAAAGUUGGCAAAAUCACAGGGCAUGCAGUCCAGAAUUGGACGUUCUUAAGGCUCCUGCCCUUGUUUGUCAGCACGAAAGUGCUAGAUGCCAAGGAUAGUGUGUGGCAACUCACUCUUGAGCUCAUGGAGCUUGUAGAUUUGGUGAUGGCCCCAAAGAUAACAGAGGCACAAGUUUGUUAUUUAAAGGUUUUAACUGGAAGCUACCUUUAUCAUCGCCAGGUGAAAUUUCCAGAGGUCAAACUACGGCCAAAACAUCAUUACAUGAUGCACUACGGCGAUCUGAUUCAGGAAUUCGGCCCUUUGUGUCAUGUCUGGACACUUAGGUUUGAAAGCAAACAUCGCUACUUUAAGGACUGCAUUCGCUCCAUGAGCAACUUCAAGAAUGUAACAAAGUCUUUAAGUGAGAGGCAUCAGCUGUUUCAGUCAUACCUGUCAUCUCGGGGGUUGUUUAAAGUGGAUGAGCAUGAUUACAUGAAAGCUCAUGAUGAAGCAUCUCAACUGCUUCACUUCCAGGCCUUUGUUUCGCAAAAUCCUGAAAUGUUUGAAAAUGCCUCGUUGUGCCUUAAAGUGGUUAUAAAGGGCACGACCUACGCUCUGAAUGACUAUGUGAUUCUUUCAGGCACUCGAUUUGAUGUAUGUUUCGGACUUAUCUUGGCAAUUGUGGCUGACAAUUUAGGUGUGGUAACCUUCAUACUUCGGCACGUUGCUGCAACUUUUUUACCCCAUGUUUCUUUAUAUAAGUUGCACAAGCAGGCAGGUGAGGUUGUUCAUCUGCACCCAGAUCAGCUGCUCGAUCCAGUGCCUCACAGACCAUACUUUUUCGGGUCCAAUUCUGUAAUAAGGCUGAAUUUUAGUUUUCCUGCAGUUCUGUGACUGCUUCGUGGAUUGUGUCAAGGGUGCACAGCUGGUAGGAUAAGUUCCCCUGCAUUGAUAUUACAAUGUUGAAAUACUUUUUUGUUUUGUGUGCCUGCCUUGCUUCAGUCAAAGGACUGAGUUUCCCUUGAUUGUGAUGCCUUGCUACUUCAGUCUAUGCAUCAGACAUCUGCUUUUGGGGACAUGAUAUACCUCCAAAGAAAGUAAUUAAAUACUUCUAUUAUUCUGCUGCUGUAGUGCUUAUUGGUUUGUUGUGACAGGGUGAAACUGGCCAGGAAGGCUUUGCUUGCCCACACAUACAGGUUGCGGAGCGUACGCAAGAAAUACAAUACAGGAUGUGUUUAGAUCAACAGGCGUUACAUGAGAUGCCAGUGGUAAAAAUCUGGAAUCGGGACUUUACAAUAAAAAAAAUGGGGAAUGUGACUACGCUCCAUGCCAUCAAAACAGUUGCACUUGAAAAAGGUAUCUGUGUGUCAGAGAAAGCAAGGGUGUUUCUUCAGGACUGGACUGAGGUAGAUGAUGAAAUAUUCACAGAGCUACUUGGAGAGCUACCCGUUGACCAGAGAAUUUUUAUUGUAUGUGAAGAUGGUCCACAAGUAAUGCCAUCAAACACUGAAGCAGAUGGUCCACAAGUAAUGCCAUCAAACACUGCAGCAGGUACAUCCGGUUUGCAAGAUUCACUUCUGAAUGAAGCUGCUCCAUCUCCAGAACUGACAGCAAGCUUCAAACUCCGACUCGACUCCCUGUCGAAGGCUGCCGUGAAUGCACUCGAAGCGGGCAGGCCUUUGGCAUCAAGGGAUCGUCUCGAGCUAGUGAGAGUAGUUGUGAAUGACAUGCUGAAGCUCACUUGUAGACCACAACGAGAGCUCAUUACAAGUGUAGCCAAAGAAAUAGUGGAAAGGUUUCCAGCAUCUUUGGAAGACCAUGGGAUCGAUGGCAAGGUCAUGGGCAGAGGAUUUGACUCAUUAUUUCAGCAGCUAGAGAGCCGUGUUGAAAACGUAAAUAGAGGAAUGAAAGCUGCAUUGCUUGAGGCAGGAGACUUUCCUGUUCCAAAAAGAAGAAAUGCAAGGUUUUCCUAUGGUUGUGUGAAUUGGCAGCCUAACAGCAGUGAGGGUAAUGGAGAGGAAAUAAAGAAGACCAAAGAGUGGAUGAAACAAGAAGCGUUAAAGUCACCAAGAGAGGUUGACUUGACGUUGGCCAGAGAGGCCAUGGAUUCAACAUAUGCUGCGCUGAGAACAGUGAUAAACUCAAGGGAACCGCUGUGUUCUACGCAGCAGUUAAAAGAAGAAUGGCCGCUGCUGUUUCACAAGCCACUGUAUCACCAGCACAUUGAUAAACUUCUUGGGAAGGACUUCAAGAAGUGUUUUGAUGAAGGGGUGACCUCCUGUACAAACACCCUGAUGGACCACCUCACAGCCAAGCCAAGCAGGGAAAUCAUGCACUGGAUGGCACGUGGACAAGUUGCAGAGGAGCGUGGUGAUGCCAGGGCUAAGGAGAAAGUGUUUGUACCCAUCCUGGCAUCCUACUUCAAGGAGGAAACAAGGUCGCUUUUUCACAUCUUUGAAGAAGGCUGUGUCCUUGCAGACAAGAUUGAUGAGCUGCCCCCCACCCCAGUCGUCGUUGCUAUUGGAGGUGUCUUCAAAGAUGACUGCUUUCUUGUAACAGAGCAUCAGACAAUGUUUGAUGAGCCGAUGCCAUUCUUGGAGGCAUUAUGCCUCCAGUUUGGAACCUUCUAUGUUUUAAAUCUUGCCUAUCCAAAGGAAGCCUCGGCCACGCUCGAGUUCAUUCAACGACAAAUUGUCCAAAUCAACCCUGACAGGGGGUCGAAAAGAACGGGGUCAGCGAAGCGGACAACGGUUCAUCCCAAGAUACUAAAACUGUUGAAGAGCUUCAAAUGAAGUUUCUGCAGACAUCCCUUCCAUCGGUGUUUUUUAAUGAAAAGACAGCUUGCUUUUCGAGACGUCAGACAUUUGAGGAUUGAACGAUCUGAACGACUCCAGUACUGAGUCAGCCGUGCUUGAGUUUUUUUAUGAAAAGACAGCUUGCUUUUCGAGACGUCAGACAUUUGAGGAUUGAACGAUAUAAACGACUCCAGUACAGAGUCAACCGUGCUUGAGUUUUUUUUACGAAAAGACAGCUUGCUUUUCGAGACGUCAGACAUUUGAGGACUGAACGAUAUAAACGACUCCAGUACAGAGUCAACCGUGCUUGAGUUUUUUUUACGAAAAGACAGCUUGCUUUUCGAGACGUCAGACAUUUGAGGAUUGAACGAUAUAAACGACUCCAGUACAGAGUCAACCUUGCGUGAGUUUUUUAUGAAAAGACAGCUUGCUUUUCGAGACGUCAGACAUUUGAGGAUUGAACGAUAUAAACGACUCCAGUACAGAGUCAACCGUGCUUGAGUUUUUUUUACGAAAAGACAGCUUGCUUUUCGAGACGUCAGACAUUUGAGGACUGAACGAUAUAAACGACUCCAGUACAGAGUCAACCGUGCUUGAGUUUUUUUUACGAAAAGACAGCUUGCUUUUCGAGACGUCAGACAUUUGAGGAUUGAACGAUAUAAACGACUCCAGUACAGAGUCAACCUUGCGUGAGUUUUUUAUGAAAAGACAGCUUGCUUUUCGAGACGUCAGACAUUUGAGGAUUGAACGAUAUAAACGACUCCAGUACAGAGUCAACCUUGCGUGAGUUUUUUAUGAAAAGACAGCUUGCUUUUCGAGACGUCAGACAUUUGAGGAUUGAACGAUAUAAACGACUCCAGUACAGAGUCAACCGUGCUUGAGUUUUUUUUAUGAAAAGACAGCUUGCUUUUCGAGACGUCAGACAUUUGAGGAUUGAACAAUCUGAACGACUCCAGUACAGAGUCAACCUUGCGUGAGUUUUUUAUGAAAAGACAGCUUGCUUUUCGAGACGUCAGACAUUUGAGGAUUGAACGAUAUAAACGACUCCAGUACAGAGUCAACCGUGCUUGAGUUUUUUU